AUGUUCCACCUCCCCCUCCUCCUCCUCCUCCUCCUCGCAACAACCCUCCUCGCCCCCUCCGCCCUCGCCGACAUCCCCCCCCUCACAAACUCCUCCGAAUUCACCACCCUCACCACCUCCCACGCCAACUUCCCCAGCCAAACCUUCCGCUCCUCCCCGCUCACCGCCCCCAUCUUCCUCAUCAACCAUCUCGAUCCGAGCCGCGCCUCCAAUGCCUCCCACAUCUUCCUCGGCACCGUCUACGGCACCCAAAAGGCCGGCCCCAUGAUCUUCGACGCCCGCGACCUGUCCCUCGUCUACGCAGACCAGCAGUACGAAAACACAUACGCCUCAAGCGCCCACCUCGUCAACGGCACCCGCUACCUCGCCUUCUGGGAGGGCGGCCACACCCGCGGCCACGCAAACGGCAACUGCCUCUUCUUUGACGAGGCGUAUACCCUGCGCUACAACGUCACCGCCCAGGGCCUCAACGACGCAAUGGCCGACAUGCACGAGCUCAGCGUCACAGACGCCGGCACCGUCAUCUUCUCGACCUACUUCAACAUCCCCUUUGACUGCCGGCCCGUCGGUGGGCCCGAGGACGCGCUGCUCAUGGACAGCGGCUUUCAGGAGAUUGACCUGGCGACGGGCGAGCUGACAGAACAAGGCGACUACCUCGUCUCCGCCCGCCACCUCUCCGUCCUCACCCUCAUCGACCACAAAACCGGCCACCCGCUCUGGAUCCUCGGCGGCAAGCAGAACCAAUUCACCGACCUCUCCGGCGGCGCAGCCACAAACUUUUCCUGGCAGCACGACGCCCGCAUCGUCCCCUCCUCCUCCUCCUCAUCAUCUCCCCUGACAGACGGACAGGAGGAGACGCACAUCACCCUCUUUGACAACCACGGCGAAGAGUCCGGCUUCUGCCCUUCUUCCUCAUCAUCAGAAACGCAGCACUGCUCCUCCCGCGCCCUCCGCAUCGCAAUCAACCCCGUCCUGCACACGGCCCGCCUCGUAUCCCAGUUCUUCCAUCCAGAGGGCGUCAACUCCGGCGCAAUGGGCGGUUACCAAUCGCUCAGCAAUGGCAACAUCAUGACCGCUUGGGGCUACAACCCGAGCUUCGUCGAGUACGCUCCUGACGGCACGCCCGUGCUCGACGUCCAAAGGGGUCCUAUCGGCGGAGUAGAGGCCGUGCCGGACAUGUUUGCUUAUAGGGUGCACAAGGGGGACUGGAAGGGCCAGCCUUCGUGGCCGCCUAGUAUCGCCGUCGACGCACCAAACAACAACACGUACAACGCCACAAUCUACGUCUCCUGGAAUGGAGCAACAGAAGUCUCUUCAUGGGCAAUUUUCGCCUCCAACGACCACAAAACCAUCAACAACCACACCAACCUCCUCAUCCAGUCCCCCCGCCAAGGCUUCGAAACAAUCAUCACCCUCCCCAGCACAAGCACCAGCACAAACACAAACACCACUCGCCGAUACGUCGCCGCAGCAGCCGUCUCCUCCUCCGGCGACGUUUUGGGCUCGACAAUCGUCCUCGAUCUCCAAGAUGGC